GCCAGAAUUCUACCUGAACUGGGAAUCAUAUUCAGAACCCUCCAAAAUAUUUGCUUCAGUGUUUCUGUAUAUUUCUUGGGAAAAACAAUAUCUUUUUCCUCUCUGCUUUAAUUACAUUUGGAUUGAGUAUAAAAGCAGCAAAAAGUUAUUCUUUUUUUUGUUCUUGGGAGGAGUUACAUGAAUUUCUGGACCUUGGGUAAUUGGUGUGAUGAAGUGCAGAGAAUUGUGUUCUGAUUCCUUGAAAGAGUGUUAGUUAAUUGCAGUUUUCUUGGAAUUACAAUUACCCAUAUUAGACAAUUGGGGUUUUUUGUUGUUUUUUUCCAAGAGAUUUUGUUGUUGUUCUUGAUUUGUGUUGUGUGUUAAGAUGAGGGUUGUUUCUUGAUGAAGCAAAGCAAGGUGAGAAGGGUGUUAUCUUGCAAGAUUCAUUGCCCAUUCAUCUGUUUCUGCAACCCCUCUGCUGCUCAUCACCACCUUUACACCACCACCCACCCCCAUUUGAAGGUGAAAAAUACCCAUACUGUCCCUGCUUCUGGGCAGUUGUGUGGGGAGGGCAAAGAUGUCAAAGAAGUGAGGCAAGAAGGUGAGAGUGGUGGCAUUAGGAGCUGCAUUAGAAAAUCAACCCCAGAGGAGAUUGAAAGGAAGAGGGUACAAUGGGUGGAUGAUGUAGGUCAACAACUUGCUCAGAUCAAGGAGUUUGAAUCAAGUGAAACAGGUGAGACCGAGAACGAAGAGGAAAACAGAAGAAGCUGUCUUUGCUUCAUUCAUUGAUGAUGCUAAACAUUUACAAUAAUGAAAUGAAAUGGCUUGACAGCAAAUGGUUGAGCCGGUGAGGGUGGUCGAGAGCAGCCAUACCGGUGGGUAAAAAAGGUUUCUUCGUUUCACUUCAAUCCCCGUGUUGGCUGCCUGACAUUUGAUGAUCUUCACAGAUAGAUAAAUUAUUCUCAACUUCAGAUCAGAGCCAUAAUCCUCAUGCUUUUUAUCUGCCUGCAUUUUUUCCAGUUUCUGCAAUAAUUUUUUCUUGCUCAAUGUAAAUUAGGUCAUUAGGGAAAAUUCAUCUGCACCAAUCUUUGUGUGUAACUGGACUUCAUUGUUUCACUGAAAAUAAAAUGUCACUUCAUCUCUUCCUAA